AUUUAAACAACCCUGACUAGCUGUUAAACCAGUUUGAGUAACUUUAUUAAAUGCCCCCGGUGUUACACAAAACUGAUUACAAUAGCAAAUCCCCCAGUAGAUUGGAAGCAGAAAUAUCACUUGAUAAGUUCACUUGGCAAUUUCACUUGACGUAAACUCAGGUGAGUUUAGUCAUAGAUAUAAUCUGGCACAGCCUACCAAGCCAAAUCAAGUCUGUCUAGAUUGUCAAUUGAAGGCAGAGCCUUUCCUUUUGAUACCAGUGAAGAACAAACAGCUCAUACCUCUCUGAAACCUAAAAAGGAUUAACAUCCUGGUAUGAGUAAGACGCCUAUUUGUAGUGGCAGACAUGAACUGGUUGUCCCUACAGGUCCUGCUUGGCGGAGUAAGCCAAUACUCCACCGUGUUUGGCCGCGUCUGGUUAUCUGUGGUGUUCGUCUUCCGUAUCCUGGUGUUUGUGGUGGCUGUUCAGCAGGUAUGGAAUGAUGAACAGAAAGAUUUCAUCUGCAACACUGCCCAGCCAGGCUGUGCCAACGUGUGCUAUGACAAAUUUUUCCCUAUCUCCCACAUCCGUCUAUGGGCUCUCCAGAUCAUUUUUGUCACUUGCCCAUCUCUAAUGGUGGUGGCUCAUGUCAAGUAUCGUGAAAUGAAGGAUCAGAAGUACACCCAUAUCCACCAGGGUAAACACCUGUAUGCCAACCCAGGGAGAAAGCGUGGAGGGCUGUGGUACACCUACAUACUCAGCCUAGUGUUCAAAGCUGGCUUUGAUGCAGGCUUCCUUUAUAUUUUGUACAUACUUUAUCAUUUCGACAUGCCAAAUUUAACCAAAUGCACUGAGGCACCUUGUCCAAAUACAGUUGACUGCUACAUCUCCCGUCCUACAGAAAAGAAAGUGUUCACCCUUUUUAUGGUGGUCACCUCGUCUGUGUGCAUCUUCAUGUGUAUCUGUGAGAUAUUCUACCUGAUUACCAAGAAGGCUCGCAAGUACCUGCUCAAACAUCAAGACCAGAAUACUGUCGCAAAAUCCAGUUAUAUAAGGGUGGAUCCAACUGCCUCAUCAAACCAGAAUCUCAGCAACUCUGAAAAAGCAAAGGCCACAAAAGAGGGGAAGGAUUCAGAGCCAGCAUAGUUGUGGUUUUAACUCUGAUUGUGAAACAGGCAAGCAUGAUAAACUAAACAUGUUAAAGAUGCGAUUCAUCUAAGGAAUACUUAGGUGAUGGUAUUCGGUAUAGUGAAGCAAAAUAAAGUAAAAUUGUGGUACAUAGAAAAGGUAGAAACUAUGUUUACAAAUGAGAAAUCUCAUAUAGCCUAGGAUGGAGUGAAGUCUACAAUUGGAACUAAACAGAAGACAAAAAGUAUUACAUUAGGUGGGAAACUUGAUUACGAAUUAGCAGAUGAUUUGAAUUCAUUUGAUACACAUUUUCAUGAAUUUACAUUAGGAUUGUCAAAUUAUUGUGGGAAUACAGUGACUCCAGACACUCCUGUUAAAUUUCAAACCAGUAAACCUGAUGUACGUAGUUUUAGUGAGGUAAAGGUUAGAAGAGUUCAGGCCCUGAUCACAUGAGUUGCAGAAUGUUGAGCAAUUGUGCAGAGCAGCUUUCAGGGGUUUAUUUAUUUAUUUUAAUAAAUCAGUGCAACUUUCCAUAGUAGUGCCAAAAAGAGAAAUCCUAUUUCUCUUAAUGACUGUCCCCUCUUUUGUUUUCUUUAUACUGAUGACUAUCAGAGUGUCUUUGAAGGGAGACAUAUCAUAAAAUUUGCAGAUGACUCUGUGAUUGUGUCUUUCCUCACCGAGUCAGAUGGGAGUCAAAGUCCAGUGGCAGAUCAUUUUAUAUGUGGUCUUGUGAUGCUUCUUUUUUAAACAUUAAUGCUUCUAAAAAAAAAAAAAAAAAAAAAAAAAAAAAAAAAAAAGAGACGUCCAUUGAUUUCCGUAAGAAGAACUCUGUACCUGUGUUGCCUACUGUCAUUAAGGGACAUUAGGUAGAAGUGGUCAGGGAGUGUAAAUAUUUAGAGACUGUAUUUGAUGCUAAACUAAUAUGUGAGGUAAACACCAACAUUAUUAAAGGGAAAGCUCUUCAGCGUAUGUAUUUUUCUGAGGAAACCUUGAACUUUUAAUAUGAAUGUUUCUUUUAUGAAAAUGUUUUACAACUGUGUUAUUAAAUCUGUCUUAAGCUUUUCCUAUUAUUUGUUGGAAUGGCAAACUGAAUGUGAAGAAUUGGAGUAAGUUGAACAGUACAGUUAAAAUCUGGAGCAAAAUAGUGGGGACCGACUUAAGGACUAUCACACAAAUUUAUGAACAUUUGGUGACUAAGAAGGGCCAGUUUCGAGGUCCCCACCCAUUGUGUACUGAAUUUCAACUGCUUCCCUCAGGCUGGAGUUAUAAGCAUUCUUUGUGCAAAUCAAAUAGAUAAGACUUCCUUUAUAUCUGCUAGAAUAAUGUUUUUAAAUGACUUAUUAUAAAUGUGUUAUUUGAUGUCUGUUGUGUUGUGUUGUGUUGUGUUGCACUGUCUACAAA